GGCAAAUCAAAUUUCGUGCGAAUCACUCCAAUCCACAUAUGCGGCCUAAAAUCAACCUUCCAAAACUGAUAACGGCGGAAAAGUACAGUAUGUUUUGUUCGUCUGCAAGUUUUGGAAACGGCUGGAAGAAUGUCCAAAUGUUCUGUGGAAUCGCGGCGGUUUCACACCACAAUGUUCCUCAAAAUGCUCCGGUCGAUCGGAAAAAAGACGGAGUUAAUAUGGCUGUCCACAAUUUAUCUGUCAGUGUAGUAAGCUCGCCUUGUGCUGCCGACACGACGCGCAUAACAACCCAUUUAGUUCCCAUCAUUUUAGAGCUUCUUGUCCCCUCCCCUCCAGACACAGACAACAACAUACACCUUAAUAGGGGCGCGUCUCCAACACAGCCGCCGACCAAUAACCCGUCUGUCUGGGCAGAGACCAAGGGGAUGAGCGCUCGCCGAGGCCCAAUCAGCGCUUUUGUGUUGCCUGCCGGUGCCGGGGACUGGUCGUGAAGAGCUACAGCAGCGCUUCAGGAUCGGAGAGUGAACCCGGAGCCAGAGGAACCUGAAGGGUAAAGGCGAGUCAGGAUGGAGCGGAUGUCUGAGGAGGCGUUGAGGCUGAACCUGCUGAAGCGGGGUCUGGAGGCACAAGAUGAGCGGGACGAGGCUCUGGCCAAGCGCCUGAAGAUGGAGGGUCACGAGGCCAUGGAGAGGCUUAAGAUGCUUGCCCUCCUUAAACGCAAGGAUCUGGUCGCUUUGGAGGGGGCAGCGGUUGCAGCAGCCAUGGCAGAGGGCAAAGGCCCCGGGGGCAGCCAGGGGCUGAUGGGAGCUGUGGCCUACGAGGAGAAGAUGAAUGGAAGUUUGAGAGUCGGGGGCCAUGGAGGUCCCAGUAAGAAUGGGAAGGAAAACAUAGUGGAUGAGCCAGUGGACAUGAGUGCCAGAAGGAGUGAAAUAGUUCGGGAGCGACGCACUCCAUCGCCAGACGUUAUCAUUUUAUCAGACAACGAGGCGUCCAGCCCUCGGAGCACGCCUCACCCUGAGGAGAAACGGCAUCAGGCCAACCUGGAGAUGUUUAAGGGGAAGACUGGCGACGAGCGGCAGCAGAUGAUCAAAGCUCUCCGAGAGGAGCUCAGGCUGGAGGAGGCCAAGCUGGUGCUCCUGAAGAAACUGAGACAGAGUCAGAUGCAGAAGGAGAACGUGGUGCAAAAGGUGCCGGUGGUCCAGAAUGCCCCAUCAUCAGUGCAGCCGUCACCCAUGCACAGCUCUCAGGGGCUCGGGAAACUAACUGUGCGGCCUGGCAUGCACUCAUCUGAGCCUCAGAGCCUGCGCACUGCACAGGGCCACACAGUAAUCAGGUCUGCUGUCAAUGCAUCUUUGCCCCCAAUGAUGAUGUCACAACGGGUUAUUGCACCCAAUCCUGCCCAGCUUCAGGGUCAGAGAAUGCCCUCCAAGCUGGGCAUGGGCCGCUCCUCCACAGGUGGUUUGGGUAACACAGUAAGCUAUCAGCAGGCUGCCAGCCAGCAGGUGGGGGUCUCGCAGCGUUCAGGCUCAUCCUCCGCUAUCUACAUGAACCUGGCACACAUGCAGGCAGCGGGAGCUGCUGGUGUGGCUGGCGUCGGGGUAGGAGUGAGUGGGGUUGGUGCUGUCAGCCCCUCUACACUUUCCAGCGCCUCCAGUAUCGCUUCUCUGAACGACCAGGCCAGCAGCCAAGCAGCCGCUAAACUGGCCCUCCGCAAGCAGCUGGAGAAGACCCUGCUGGAGAUACCUCCACCUAAACCUCCAGCGCCCCUGCUGCACUUCCUGCCCUCUGCUGCCAACUCUGAGUUCAUCUACAUGGUGGGGUUGGAGGAGGUUGUGCAGAGCGUCAUUGAUAGUCAGGGUAAAAUGCGGGGGUCACUGCCACACAUGGAGCCGUUCUUCUGUGCCCAGUGCAGGACUGACUUCACCCCUCACUGGAAGCAGGAGAAAAGUGGUCGCAUCCUCUGUGAGCAGUGCAUGACGUCCAAUCAGAAGAAGGCCUUGAAGGCUGAGCACACCAAUAGGCUCAAGAACGCUUUCGUUAAGGCUCUGCAGCAAGAACAGGAAAUAGAGCAGAGGUUGCAGCAGCAGGCUGCUCUGUCCCCCAGCUCCGCCCAGACUGUGCCCAACGUGAGCAAAGGGGAGACCAUGAUCCGACACCAUGCCCUCCGACAGACUCCCCAGCCACAGGCCGCUCUACAGCGGAGUCUGUCCAGCUCAGCACGAGGUGUCCUCUCUAACUUCGCCCAGGCCUCCCAGCUCUCAGUGGCCAGUGGGCUGCUGGAUAUGACAAGCAAGCGCUGUGGCAGCAGCAGUUCCAGCAGCAGCAGUCGGGCUCAGCAUGACAGCCGCAGACAGAUCUACAACAUCCCUGGUCUGAAUAUUGCUUAUCUAAAUCCGGGAGCCAUUGGGGGCCACAAGGCAUCCAGCCUAGCGGACCGUCAGCGGGAGUAUCUGCUCGACAUGAUUCCCCCACGCUCCAUAUCCCAGUCCAUCACCGGGCAGAAAUGAGCCCUGACGGGACUGCAGAUCCCCCUUUCGGAUGCCCCACCACCCCUCUGUCCUACAUCAGAACAUCCCCCAACACAUACACACGCACACCAUCACCCCAUCGCAUGCAGUGCCUGUCCGUGUGCCUACCCAACUAACCCAUAAGAACAGCUCAAUCAGUCAGACUAUAAACACCAGACUGUCAGUGCAUCUCAAACUUCGGUUUCCUACUAUAGCAAAGCUCUUUAUUGUUAUCUCAACUUAUUAUUGCUGUCGUUAAUGCUACUUCUAUUAUUAUCACAGUUAUUAUUAUUAGUAUUAUUGUUGCUUCUGUUACAGUUACUCUUAUUACACUUAUUAGUAGGUUUAGUGGUUUUUUGCAUCUUUUUAUGUUCUUACCCUUAUGUUUUUCUUUACAGAGGGAGGAUGCCAGAUUGCAGGGUCACUUAAAAAUAUAAAAGCUUGUUUUUUUUUUGGUUUGUUUGAAGGCUUCCUCCCUCAGUCACCCCUGUAAAAUUAGACUCAUUCUCUCUCAUGUCGUAUAUGUUCAGUUUCGGAGUUGGAAUGGUUAAAGCGUUCUUACCGGAGAUCGAGAGAGCAGAAUCUUUGUAGCGUUACACAUUCGGAAACUACAAAGUCCUCCAAGAACCUUCUGGUUCAGAAAGAGCGAGACAGACUCAUGUACAUUGAUCAGAUUGAUCCUUAUGCAGAGCGCUGCUCAUCUAGUCAACGUUGGUUCUGCCUUGAGAAGGCCACACAGAUACGUUAACAGCUGAAAAUAGGACCUGCACUAGCACGGAUGAGUCUCCUGCUGUCGAAUGUACAGAGAGAAACUGUCAAAUUGGAGGCUCUUUACUUGUGCGUAUGCGCCCAUGAACAGGAUCUCUCCCAUGUCUCUCAAUGCCUUCACAUUCACAGGAUGCAGUGAUUUCAUACAACUUCUUUUGUGGUGACGGUGCGUUUCACUGCACAGCAAAGAAUGAAGCCAGAGAGUUCCAUCAUCAUGAACUUUGUCUCCUUUUUGAUUUUUGUUUCUGCUUGGGUGUUUUUGGAUCAUUUCUUUAACCCCCCACCCCUUCCCUGUCUUUACGGUUUUGUUCUUUUUAUUUUAAUCAUGCGGCGUCUCCAUCUGAAAUGGCCACGUAUCUUAAAGGUACCUGCCAAGGGAGACGAUAAUCAUUGAAAUGGUGGAAUUGAAAAGGUGGAAUUGUUGGAAAAGUGGUUUAUGCGUAGAUUGUUAACGUGAGUUUUAACAGAAGGCAUUGACAUGGAUCAAUCAUCGUGUUAAAGCAAUGCACAUGAGAUGCCUCGUUAUGGAGGAGCACUUUUCUUCUUAAUAACUGAAAAAAAAUGGUUAAACAAAAGAGGACAAGAAUGUUUCAGCGCACAGGAUCUUAAGGUAUGGAUGCCAUCGGAUGUCUCGGAGAGAGUUGGGAGAAAGACUUUUUGUGCUUUGUGCGGUACAUUUCAUCUUUUCGAAAGCGUCCGGCUUUUUCAAACCCACAGUGAAUUAAUGCUUUUUGUGUUAUGGUGCAUGUAGACAUAACCUGGAGGCGUUUGAAUGAUGGCAACAAUAUAAGCAGUGUUUGGUCAAUAUGCAGUAUUAGGGAUUUUGUGCAGGAUGGAUUUUGCAUUCUGGUUGGACUCACGAUAAUCUUUUGGUCAGAUUUAGUUCUCUGUUAGUGAGGUAGUGCUCCAUGUUUCAGUUACGUGGAUCACAAAUGGCUUUCGAAGGGUUUAACAUCUGCUUGUUGACAAGAAGUUGAGCACUUAACAUUUUUCCCUCCAGCCUAAGCAUUUACUAUGACCCGUAUGGUUCUUUUGGAAAUCAGACUUUGAGGUCUGUCAUGCAGGUCAUGUUUAAUAGCUGAGAAAACUCAAAGCUAUUAUGUGUUUGAUGGUGAAUUCAUGGAAAUAAAUCCAUACACAUGCAUUUUUCUGUCAUGUGUGUAGUCACUGAUCCUUGCAGUUUGAAUUUUUUUUAUUUUUUACUGUCCUGUAUAAUGCCACUGAUUUGUGGUGGAACGAUGCAACUUUUGAACAAAAACAUUUUGAAGAUACCUUGGAUGAAAUUUUCAGGUGCAAUAUUAGAUAAUAGGAUGUUUACACUUUUUUUUUUUUUUUUCCUGGUAAUGAUGAUAAAUCAGUCCCUUUUAGUCAUUCUGUUCAGUCUUUGAUAUUAAGGGGAUGAUUUUAUCUUUGCUCCAAUUUUAUGAUCUGUAAUAUUUUUUUGUUGUUCUUUUGAAAUGAACGUAGGGUGUUUAUAGUAACUCAUUUCUCUCUCCUGCUCUCUCUUGUAGACCAUAUUAGAUGCAUCCAUAUACCUGUGUUCAUAUAUUUACAAGAAAGUUGGAUUUUGAAGUUUAACUUCCUUUUGACUCCUCAAUUAAGUUCCAUUUUUGUUUGGUUGUUUAAUUUCAGCUGUUUCUUAAAAAAAAAAAGAAAAAAGGAGAAAAAAUCAAAUUUAAUCAAACAAAAAAAAAAAUGUAUGAACAGAUGAUGACACGAUAUUUGCUAGGUCAGAAGUAAUAAUGACUUAUUGUACAUAAGCUUUUUUUUCCUCCCUUGAAUUAAAAAUAAUGAAAUGAAAUUAAAAUGGUUGUAUAUUGUGUAGAAAAGCAAACAAAAAGCCAUGAAUAUUGUGAAGCUUGUCAUUUCGUUUUGUGAUCACUGUGUAUUAUUGUGUAACAAAUGUGCAAAAUGUAUGGGAUUAUACUUCUCUUGUUUUUGAAUGAGCUCUUUAGAUGCAUUUUCUCCCCGGCUGUACGUUUUUGUAGUAUGUAGUAUUUGCAGAAGUUCAUUGUUCUGGUGGAGCGUUUGAUCCAUUCUGUAGUCUUUGGACUGAGACAUGAUGGGACAGUCUCGUAUGUUACUUUCUUUUAUUUGAUUUUCACUGUUGAUUUCAAACAUUGAAGUUACGUAGAUGUUCAGUGAAUAAGUUUCUUUCUCUAAUGUCCCACACAAAGUGUUGGUCUUGCAGAACAUGGACUGGAUGAAACAUUUGACAGUAUUACCCCUCACUCGACCAAAUCCAAAGCGAUCAUCAUAAAUGUAAAAUCAAAGCACGCUGUUGCUCAAUAACAUUACUUUUAGAUAAAUUACUGGGUGCAGAAAACCCUACAGGGGAGAUUGUGUACAUUUGUUUUCUGUUGCUUAAAGUGCAAACUUUCCUCGGUAUAUCCCUUUUUUUUUUUCUCUUGGGAAAAAAAAAUCACAAUGCUCUUAUUUUUUUUUCAUGGAAGAUUGUAUACAUUGUAUACGAUGAAGAAAAAAAAAUGUUUUGUUUGUUUUUGACUGUUCCAAUGCUUAUUGCCUUCAGCCUUUAAAUCAUGACAAAAAAUAGACAAUUUGCACACAUGCAAGUUUUGAUUCUAAGGUUUGUGACAUUAUUAGACAUGCUUUUUCAAGUUUCAUGUCAUGGAAUCACUGUCCAUAAUUCUCUGACUGGACAAUCAGCUUUUCUGGAGUUCUAGCGCUGGGGUUUACUUCUCUCUUCAAUUUUUUUUUUCUUUUCUUUUUAUUUCUCUGCUAUUUUUUUCCCCUCUCCCUGAUUUUAAUUUGUUGCAAGUACAAGUCUUUUUGUUGUUGUUUUUUGAAGUGGGAGAGAGGGUUUUGGGUCAUCAUUUCUUUUUGAUUUUCUAAAUUUCAUCUGAACUUUCAAAUAUUUUUAAAUAGACUUAGCUGCAAUUUACCCAGUUUGAAUUUGAAAGCAAAUGGCAAUAUGUUGAAAUCCGUUUGUAAAAGGAUUAUGAAUAAUUAAAAUGUGUACAGUAAAGAAGUACUGGAGAUUGGCUUAAACAAUUAUUGAUUUUAGUCAAGGAAAAUAAGUGCUUUUUGUCAAGUUUUUAUUUUCAUUUAGAACAUUAAUCCAGACCUUUUGCACAUCCUUGAUAUUUAACUGUCUAAAAUGGAGAUGGGGAAAAAAAUGCUGUUUGAUUACUGCCGGUUGAUUAACAACAAUUAUGCAUUGACUGAAAAAAAAAUAAGCUAAUUUUGGAGGAAAUAACUUUGUAAUAUUUAUCACUUGCAAGCUAUGUUUAAUAAAGGAUGGAACAGUU